GGAGCUGUAGAGCCACACACUCUGCAUGAGUCUGCAUGAGUAAACACAGUUUUACAGUAAUACUACCAGAUGAGUGCAGUCUUUAAGUAGUAUAACUUGUUUAGAGGAGAAGUAGCUCUCAGUCCUACUCAGCUCUCUCUGAAGGCAAAGUCCAACAGGACGUGGCAGCAGAAAGACAGCUGUAGAGGCAGACAGACAGACAGAGAGAGAGAGAGAGAGAGAGAGGGAGAGAGAGAGAGAGACAGGACAGCGGACUGUGUGGUUCGGCCAUGCGGAGGAGAGGAUGGGAGAAGAGGGAAGAGUUUCUAGAGUUUCUCCGCUCAAGAACUUCGUGGCUGGAGGAGUCGCUGGAGCCUGUCUGCUGCUGGCAGGACACCCACUGGACACCAUCAAGGUGAGGCUACAGACGCAGCCCAAAGCCUCCCGCGCUCAGUAUGUGCUCUACACAGGAACCUACGACUGCAUCCGCAAGACCGUAUCCAAAGAGGGUGUCCUCGGCCUCUAUAAAGGAAUGGGGGCUCCCAUGGCGGGCAUGGCUCCUAUGAUGGCCAUCAGUUUCUUUGGGUUCGGUCUGGGUAAACAGCUGCAGCAGACAGACCCUAACAAACCCCUAACGCACACUCAAAUAUUCCUGUCUGGCUGUCUGGCAGGGUCCUUCACUACAGUCAUUGUGGCUCCAGGAGAGAGGAUCAAAUGUUUACUGCAGGUGCAGGCUAGCGGUGGACAUUCAAGGUAUGCGGGUCCACUUGACUGUGCAGUCCGGCUCUAUAAGGAGCAGGGGAUCCGCAGUGUCUACAAAGGGACUGUGCUUACUCUCAUCAGAGACGUGCCUUCUAGUGGUCUAUACUUCCUCACAUACGAAUACCUCAAACACUUCCUGACUCCUGAGGGUCAAAGUGUUUCUCAGCUCAGCACUCCCAAAAUCCUCCUGGCUGGCGGCAUCGCAGGGAUAUUAAACUGGACGAUCGCUCUUCCUCCUGAUGUCCUCAAGUCCAAUUUCCAGACAGCUGCAGAUGGGAAGUACAGAGGUUUGGUGGACGUCUUGAGAACGCUGCUCAGAGAAGAAGGACCUAAAGCCCUCUAUAAAGGAUUCAACGCUGUCUUUCUACGAGCCUUCCCUGCCAACGCGGCCUGUUUUUUGGGGUUUGAGUUGGCAUUAAAGGGACUGAAUACCCUCGCUCCCAGCUGGUGAAAUCAUCGGUCUGGACCAGCCUCUCAUGGAAACAAAGCAGCACAAAGAGACACAUUUCAGGAUGCUAAAAUGCAAUGAAUUAUUGUAUUCUUAAAUGUUAUUUUUCAUUUAAUUUUACAAAUUACUUAUCCUUUGUAAUCGAUAUUUUACACUCACUUUUUGUGAGUAAUGGUACAACGGAAACGCACACUUAUGAAUGUAUGAUUUUGAGAUAUAGCAUAAUUAUGAAUAUAUUUUCUGGGAGGAUUUGAGCUUUUCUGUCACUUUUUCAACUAUUUGUGAUGUUUGUAAAAUGUCAGAUAGUAAAUUUAAUACCAUUCAGUUUAGAAUGGGUUUAAAUAUGUUUUUAAUCUAUGAGCUCUGCCAAAAAGUCUGUAUUAAUUUAUUUUGGGUGUUUGGGAGUUUUUUUAAGCUUUCUGAUUAAAGUGUUUGAAUAAUAA